UUGUUUUCACACCAAACACGGAUAUGUAAUGAAAACAUGAAGGACUUCACUGAAGGAGCGGUUUCGUAACAUUUCCAACCUCUGCAAGGACUACAACAAUGAUUUCUUCAUGGAGCGUUCUGAUUCAUGUCAACUAUUAGACAUUCAGGGGUUAAACAUCUUCAGCGCAUUAAGAACGACCUCAACUAUUUUAAUCAUUUGACAACCUCCUCCUUCGAGCAAGACAGAAAUGCCAGAUCAGCAUAAUUUUUAUAAUGCAGUAAUAUAGCUUUUCUAGAGGGAUCUUCAAACAUGUCAAACUCUCAAGAGCAAAGUCUCAAUGAGAAUAGCAUCUUUUCUCCAUUGACGCCGUCCAGUCCGGAUUACCUGCAUUGCGAGGCUGAAAGGUAUUGUCUGGAAAGUCUCCUCAGCUCAGGAACUGAAGCAUUUUACAGCAGGCUCAAUACUGAACAAAUCACACCGUUCCUCACACCGGGAGAAGUGAAUGAGAUCUCCGGCUGGACUGAGAACUUUCACAACGGUGAUGAGGCACCGGAGGAUGAAAAUGGCGAGGUGGAGGUCGGUUCUGAUGUGGAUGAUCUUUCCGGAAACUAUUUUCCUGAACAGUCGGAUACUUCGGCACCAUGCUUAGAGCUGGGAUGGCCGGAAAAAAAUAGCUGGAUGGAUAUGGGACGAGUUAAUGUUUACACCAACCCUCCUGCAGAAGGUGGGCCGUCCAUACGAGAGGUUCUUAGGAGACACCUGCAGGCAGCCAAUAAGCUGAUCGCCGUGGUAACGGAGAGAUUGUCAGACCAUGCUGUGAUCGUCGAUCUUCAGUAUGCCGCAUCACGAGGGGUUCCUGUCUACAUCAUCCUCAACCAAAGAUCUGUGGAGGACAACUGCUUUUCACACCAGCUUCAACAUCCAAACAUCAGGGUGCGUGUCCUCGGAGGGAAAAGAUUCCUGACGCGUGACACAAAGAUGGUGGUUGGAGAGAUGAAGGACAACUUUGUGCUGGUGGAUUUAGAGUCGGUGAUGUUGGGGAGUUACAGUCUCACCUGGACCGAUGCUCACCUGCACCGUCAGAUCGUCACCGUAAUGAGUGGCCCAAUCGUUGAAUCUUUUGACCAUGAGUUUCGGAUCCUCUAUGCUGCCUCGCUCCCGAUCCCAGACACAUGCAAAACACCACCCGAACCCCAAAGCUACUCUAAGCCAGAACCACAAAACCUGGGAAGCACCAAAGUUGAACUUGGUGAAUUGGUCCCGAAUCCUCCACCUCCACCUCUAGACUGCUAUCUAGACUGGGAGGCUAUGGGAGUUAUCCAGAGAUUCCCAGAAAAUCCUGCUUAUCCUGAUGUUGGUGAUCAGAUGCAGUUCUAUCAUCAACCUAUGAUGGACAGACAUCCGGGAAUGUGGGAGCUUCCCUUUAGUAAUGAGUUUAAUCACAAUCCUCAUCCUGGAUACCACGAGGAGGGCAAAUUAGGUUCAAUGUUUCUGUCUGACUUCAGGCAUCAAGAAUAUCAAAGGUCAAGACGAAUGUUUACCCCCGGAGAUUUCCAGAUGUCUCAUGGCAUUGAGCCAGUAAAUAGGCAAAUACAAAUACCCGAGAGAAUCACAUACAACCGGCCAUCUCCUCCGGUGACCAUCGAAAGUGAAGAUAGAUUUCCUCUAUACAAACCUCGCAUUCACAGAUCAGACAUGAGCUCAGAGGAAGAGAUCGGACCUCCAAUAAGACGAGAGUCUUUCCUUAGGAGGGACAGAGUUUUGGGAGAUACUAUGAAUCAUGAUGGAAACCAACAAGCUAACCUAAAGAAGCCCGCUUCAUCCGAGCUGUCACGGAGCAAGACUUUCGGCACAUUGAGUGACAUUUUUAAAAAAAUGAAUGCACGCAAUACCUCCGGACAGAGGAAGACUGAAGGCCACCCACCCGGCAUCAGCAAAUCCACACUGGAUCUCCAGCGGACAGACACUCCAGCAAAUGUUCGAGCCCCUAACGGUGAUCAUCUUCCCAUGACGCCCGCGUUGGCACUCAUGAAGAAACGUAAUGAUGAGGUUAAAACAGGAUUGUUAAGAAGUAUGCCCAACGUCUUCACGCCCACAUUUAGAGGUUCCGCCCUCGGCCUACAGCGAGACACAUGGAGGUCAAGUUAUAGAAGCCACAGAAAUGAGGAGGAGCACUGAUGUUACCCCACACAAUGACAUCACCAGUGUUACAAUCAUUCCCACCUAUUUAAAUACAUGUAAAUGUGACUGUAAUAAUCUGUGCUGCUGGUAAAAGGGGGGUUUACUGCUCAAAGAGAAUACAUAUUUAUCAGCAAUGAUGUUACAAUACAAGAUACAUGUAUAGAUAGAAAUGUAAUGUAAGUCAGUUUUUCUGACUUAUAUAAAAUAUGUGACAUGUGAACGAUUAUAUUUAAUGAAUGAAAUAAGAAAACACAUUUUAAAGCCAAUGGUUUAUGUUUUUGUGUGAUUAUAUUGUAAAGUGUCCCUAUAUGACAAAGGAAUAGUAAAAAGACUGAAAGAUAAGCGGGUUUGGUGACGUCAUCAGAGCAAGUUGUU